CCCAGCUAAUGAACUUUGGGCUGUUUUGCUUUCUUGUCACCUCAGUUACCAGAUGAGCCAUUUCCCCUCAGCGCUUGAGAAAAAUGGCAAUGUUAACAGGAUAAUGUGACACUCUGUAAGGAGCUGGGUGUUCACUAUCACAAGUGCCUCACGUGCUUCAGCUAAGGGGAAGUAACAGAUGGGAGAGUAAUGGGGGAAGGGGAGUGGAAAUAAGUGGGUUCCAAUGUUAUCUCUGUUGGACUUCCAGGGAGACCUCUAGGGGAGGGGCCUGACAUUUAUCAACUGGUCCUGUAUCCACCUGCCACAACUGCUGAGCAAGUUUUGCUGAGGUAGACAAAUGGGUCCCUGUGGAUCAACUGCCCCAGAACUAUCUAGUUCUCCACCCACGUGACAUUCUUGACUUUGCCCUGAUAGCUCCCACUUAGGAAGCUGGGGCUAAUAGUCUCCUAACUUAAUUACAAAAACCAGUGACUAAGAGAUUGGUUGCUGGAGCUGAGGUGCCUGAGUCAGGUUGGGGGUGGGAUUAUUUCAGUUACAGGAAGUGAGACUUUCAAUUCCUCCUUUCCAAGAGAAGGCUGAGGGAAUAGGGUUCAGCAACGAGUACUGACAGCCUAGCUGGGCUUUAGGUGAGGAGGUUCUGCCAUGAGGCUGGCUGUGCUUUUCCUGGGGGCCUUGCUGGGACUACUAACAGCCCAGGGAACAGGGAAUGACUGUCUUCACAAAAAGUCAGCCACUCUGGUGCCGUCCUUCACGGUGACACCUACAGCUACAGAGAGCACUGGGACGACCAGCCACAAGACUACCAAGAGCCACAAGACCACCACUCACUGGACAACCACCACAGACACCACCAGCCACGGGCCCACCACUGCCACUCACAAUCCUGCCACCACCACCAGUCAUGGAAAUGCCACGGUUCAUCCAACAAGCAAUAGCACUGCCACUAGCCAUGGACCCUCAACUGCCACUCACAAUCCUGCCACCACUACCAGUCAUGGAAAUGUCACAGUUCAUCCAACAAGCAAUAGCACGGCUACUAGCCCAGGAUCCUCCACAAGGUCACCCCACCCAGAACCACCUCCACCCUCUCCAAGUCCUAGCCCAGGCUCCAAAGAGACCGUCGGAAACUACAUAUGGACUAAUGGUUCCCAGCCCUGUGUCCACCUCCAAGCCCAGAUUCAGAUUCGAGUCCAGUAUGCAACCCAGGGUGGAGGAGAGGCCUGGGGCCUCUCUGUACUGAACCCCAACAAAACUGAGGCCCAGAGGGGCUGUGAAGGUGCCCAUCCCCACCUGCUUCUCUCAUUCCCCUAUGGACAUCUCAGUUUUGGAUUCCAGCAGGACCUACAGCAGGGUGUUGUCUAUCUGAGCUACAUGGCUGUGGAGUACAAUGUAUCCUUCCCCCAGGCAGCACAAUGGACAUUCUCAGCUCAGAAUUCAUCCCUUCGAGAUCUCCAAGCACCCGUGGGCCACAGCUUCAGUUGCAGAAAUACAAGCAUCAUUCUUUCACCAGCUGUCCACCUGGAUCUGGUCUCCCUGAGGCUACAGGCUGCUCAGUUGCCCCACACAGGGACCUUUGGACCAAGUUUCUCUUGUCCCAGUGACCGACCCGUCUUGCUGCCGCUCAUCAUCGGCCUGGUCCUCCUCGGCCUCCUCGCCCUGGUGCUCGUUGCCUUCUGCAUCGUCCGGAGACGCCCAGCCGCUUACCAGCCCCUUUGAGCAGCUCCAACCCCCAAGGCGCCAGUGGGGAUACACGCGUUUCCUCACCAUGCAACUGGCUCAAAGGCAAAGUUAUCUUCCUUGCUUGUCUUCCUUGAAGAACAAAACUAGAAGCAAUGCAGUCUGGAGGGAGGAGGGGAGACAUUUUUAUUAAAUAUGACAGAUUCCCCCUCCCCCAUUCCCAGUAGAAGAGUAGCAAAACCUACUCAAAUCUUUGUCCUUGGUUUCCCUUAUCCUGCCAGGAUUAAAAGUCAUCCGUUUCUUGUCACACGCCUUUCUGUGCCUUCCAUGGUUGAGUGUCAGGGAGCCGGAAA